AUGGAAAAUUUUAUCGAGCAUUUUCAAUGCUCUAUUUGCAUAGAAAUUUGCAGCAAGGCAGUUGAAUCUUCUUGUUGCGCUUCAAUCUUUUGCGAAGAAUGCACCCCAAGCCUCCAGUCCUGCCCAAACUGCCGAUUUAAACAUCCACAAUUUCAUCCUAAUAAAGCACUUCGAAGAAUUAUUGGAUUUUUACCAUGGACUUGCGAAUUUUGUGAGUAUCGCACAGAAAACAAUAACUCAGAAGACCACCUGAAAAAGUGCAUAAAAGUCCCUGCUCUAUGCAAAUAUUGUAGUGCUUCGUUUAUAAGGCAAAAUCUAUUGGAUCAUUAUAUAGAUGCACAUCAAAAUGAAAUAAUUAAAGAUUUUGAUAAAAAGUCUGAAAAUAAUACUCAAACAGAAGAUAAAAGGAUUGAAGAUCAGGUAAAUGCAAAGGGAAGAAUAGCUAAAAUUGGCAGAACUGGCAAGUUUUAUUGUGGAGGAAAUUUAGGAGCAAGCUGUGUUUGCUGCAAUGGAUUCUGCGGUCCUAAUUCAGGGUGCAACUGCGCUUCAUGCAUGACUUUGGAUAUUCAAGCAAGAAGACUUCCAAAAGGCUAUUUAGUUAAUUCUAAAGGAAUGAUUGCAAAGAUUGGUACGACAGGGAAAAUAUAUUGCGGAUGUCAAGUUAUGAAAGGAGUACCACACUGCGAUGGAUGGUGUGGACCUAAUGAUGGCCCAAAUUGUGGAGCAUGCCAAGCUCUUGAAAGAAAUUGGAAUGGCAGAUAUAGAGAAAUAACCUCUAGGUGGGCAUAA